UUACACGUCAUUCUGGAAUGAUUGCAUCUCUUCAGGAUUGCGUGGCUGCAUGCUGAUUGAAUUGGCUUUGCGAGGGCGUCUUCAGCUGGAGACUUGUGGAAUGAGGCGCAAAAGUCUAUUAACAAGAAAGGUGAUCUGCAAGUCAGAUGCUCCUACAGGGGAUGUGCUGCUUGAUGAAGCGCUGAAACACAUAAAAGAGACCCAACCUCCAGAAACAGUACAGAAUUGGAUUGAACUGCUUAGUGGUGAAACAUGGAACCCGUUGAAGUUGCACUACCAACUACGAAACGUCCGUGAACGGUUAGCUAAAAAUCUAGUGGAAAAAGGUGUAUUGACAACAGAGAAACAGAACUUCCUUCUUUUUGACAUGACUACGCAUCCUCUCACCAACAACAACAUCAAACAGCGCCUCAUCAAGAAGGUUCAAGAAGCUGUUCUCGAGAAAUGGGUAAAUGACCCUCACCGCAUGGACAAGCGCUUGCUGGCACUUGUUUAUUUAGCCCAUGCUUCAGAUGUUCUGGAGAACGCUUUUGCCCCUCUUUUGGAUGAGCAGUAUGAUUUAGCCACAAAAAGAGUGCGGCAGCUCCUGGAUUUAGACCCUGAGGUUGAAUGUAUGAAAGCCAACACGAAUGAGGUUCUGUGGGCUGUUGUAGCAGCUUUCACAAAAUAACUGCAUUCAGACUGAAGCGUUCUCUCUUCUUUCAUGUAAACCAGUUGUUUCUCUUCUAUUGACUAUUCAUGUUUUCUGUAAUUUGUACCUCCUCACAUGAUGAAUCAGCUUUUGUUUAAUGGGAAUUAUAAGUGGUGUAUUCCCUCCUAUGUGUAUCUGUAUACAGGAUUCUGCUGGUACAAGAGACCUUCCUGUUUAAAAACAACAGAACAAGGUUUUACUGCCAUAUUGGCAUUCCAUUUCUUAUUUAGUUUGAGUUAUCAGAAAUACUUUGUUUUGUCUAUUUUUCAUCUUACUGUUAUUGAAGUAGUUUAACAUGGAAAGCACCUCAAGGAGGAAAUGUUCAUGCAGUUGGACCACUGGUCUCAGCUAAUACAGAUGUGUGCAUGCAUCAAUACUUCUGCAGUACCAUUCAUAGCAGAUUAGAAAGGGCCUUUUUAAAUCACCAAAGCUCCUGUGUUAAAGUGUCUGUCAGGACAUUUUAUGCACAGAUGUUGUUUCAAUUAUAUCUAACACAGUUACUUUAGAAGCAGAAAUGCCAUUAAGCGGCUUUGUCAAUAGUUCCUGCACAAUGCCCCAUAAAUUUUACUUUCCGUGCAAGUCUCUUGAGUACUUACAUUUUCAUUAAAAUUAUAGAUGAAUCAUAAGUCUAGUAUAUAAAGGUCCAAUUGUUUCAUAAACCUGUUUUGGGAUGGGAUACAUUCCAUUAUGUUGUAUAUAUAGUUCAAAUUGUAUAUUAACAAUUCCCCCAUCUUAGUAUUUUGCAAGAUCUAUUUAGUUGUACACCUGGUGCCCCUUAUUUGCUGUCAGCCAUUGCCAUUUGAUGGAAAGAAAGGCCUCCUGUAAAGAACAUCUAUGUGAAAGCUGUUUGUUUCUGGUGUCUACAGUUUGCUACCCAGAUAUUCUAGGUCUAGACAUUGCCCUUCAUAAUUAGUAUAUGGAAAGAGACCACUUUCUAUCACUGUUUAUACAUUGGAUUGUUUUCUUUUUUUUCACCCCCUUCUGUAGAGAAAAGGCUCAUGACCAGUACAAUUCCUGAGUGCAGUUUUUAAUUUUGUACACUAAUUAAUGCUUGUUUCUUAAACAACAUAAUCUGUUCUACACUUUAAAACCAAAAAGUCAGUCCUAGAAGGUGUUGCAUGUAGAUGGUUAGCAAGUAAUGACUGGAAUACAGAUGAUGAAGAUUUCUGUAAUAGGAUGCUCUUCUAUAUUUUAAUUUUUUAAUAUACAGUUAUGCUGAUCAGCACACUACUGUAACAAAAAUUAUACAAAACGUUGGCUUUUAAAAAUCUAUUGCCUCUUUGCUUAUUAUCUCCCAUUGGUUUCACAGUGUAAAUAGCAUGCAUUGAAAAAAUUAAGCAUUGAUUUAUACUUUUUUUUUCCUCAUAACAAUGCACAUUUAUAGUGGGGCUUACAGGUGUUCAGAAAUGUUUUUUGUUUAUAUCCAGAGCAAGAAUACUAGAUGGUGUUUAACUGUAGAGUUGAAAUUUAAGGGAUCCCUUAAUCUGUAUACUAGCUUUUUACGUACAGUAAAUAAACUAUGAUCUUGAAAGUGCCUGAAACAGAGCAAGCAUGUCAUUUUCAUUUUCUGUUGCUAAGUAGAAAGAUUUUAUUGCUUAACUGAAAGCUUUGGUUAAUAUCCUUCUUAUUAGAAAUGGAGAGUUUAUACUGAGUAGUUCAGACUAACCUAAUCAGUGACGUUGCUCAGAUCUGCAGGGUUCAUGGCUGAAAGAGACUGACUUGUGAGUGUGCAGCUGUGCCUGCCACGAGUAGACCUCUUCUGUCUUGAGCACAACCAUACAGCCUCAUCUGUGACUAGACUUCCAUUUUCAGUCAUUUAGGUGCUUAAGUAGUUGACUUUAAAAUACAAUUUAAGUUCAUUAUACAUAUAUGACCUUUUUUUAAUAAAGGUUUUAAAAAUAUGGUCCUUAACAUUUAAUGGCACACUGUUCUUUCAGUUCUCAAAUGCUGUUUCUUCAGAAAAAUGAAAUUAAAAACAUAUUGUAAGAUAUUUCAAACUCUGGUUUACGAUAAAAAGACAGACAGUGUUCUCUCAGUUAUAAGAUGCUGUGUUUAAAACUUUGAGGAGCUUGGGCAUGAACUUCAGACAUUUUCUUUUAAACAUUUCAAAACGUGACUGCUUUAAGUGGAGGAAAAAUGAAAGUUGCCGUGUUGCUCUUACAUUUGACAGCUUAUAUAAUAUUCUGCAUGUGAAAGUAUAUGCCAACAAACUGUUUAUGUUGUCUCUCCUGUGAUCUGUUUGUUUUUUUAUUUUAUUUUCUGUUGCACUUUGAGAUCAGAGAAAAAUAAUUAGAUGGAAAGGCUAGAAAGUGUUUUAUUUCAGAGCAGAUUAAGUGCAUAAGACUUUUAAUAUGGCUUUAAAAAUUUCAGCUACUUAAAUGUAUGUCAGACUGAAAGUAUCUUUCGUAGUCCCUUUUCUGCAAAUAUUUUCUGUGUGCCUGCCAGUUUUAUGUUAGCUUCUGGGAGAUACUGGGGUUUUGUUACCUUUCAGCCAGCGUGGUUUAAAAGAAGUCACCCUUUAAUCAGGAGGUGGGGGGUGGCGGCUUUUUUCCUUCCUCUUUAGUUUUGUUUUUUUGUUCACCAUAGAUGAUAACUGCCUACAGUAUUUAUUAGCUUUGUUUUGCUGAAAGAUCGAACCUCUCUGGCUGUGGUGGGGAGAUUUUGUACCUGGUAUAACAAACAAAUGUGAUAUAAGUAAGGAAGGUUUUGACUGACAGUGUCUUUUGCUGAACUGCCUGGAAUAAGUCUGGGGAUGCAGAGGAAGCAGAUCAGCUUUUGAAAUAUAAGCCCUCUCUUGUGCUUUAAAAAAUCCAAGGCCUCAUAGGUGCUGGUAGACCUUAUGUCUAACAAGGAUGGUAAGUUUGAUAGGUUAGUGGGGACUAAUUUAGCAACAUCCUUGCCUUUGUUGCUAUUUCAGGUUUGAAAAAUGGUUAAACAUGGGAAGCUGCUUUAUUCUGAUGCAAUUCAGGUACCUGAAACUUCCUACGAGCUGCUACUGCAGCUCAUGAAGACCUGGGCUGAGGACACUCGGCUGCUCUAUAUCCUCAGCUCUCAAUGGCUGCAUAAAAUGGAGAUUGCUUUCCAUAGCCUGAACUUGAACAUGUGCCUCAAGUAAGUACACAUAUUAUUCAGGGAUACACCAUUUUAAAACAAACUCACAUUUAUGGCAAAAACAGGAUUUUGAAAGGUAAAUUCCCAAGCAGUGUGUUUAUUUCUAUAGUCCUUGAGAUUUACAUAAUCUACUGUAUUUCUAGAGAUGAAGUUACAGUGCUCCUAUAUGGGAUGCCAGUGAAACCUGUGUGCCAUACAUGGUGCUUAAGGUGAAAGUUGCAUAAAAUGGCUAUAAAAGGCUGGUAACUGAAUACUCGUGUUCAUGCCCAUUUCUCCUACGAAGUAAAGAUAUGUAUUAACUAACGUGUUCUCUGUGAACUGGAUUGAAUCUGUAUUGAAACAAAAUAAAGCAUCCUUUCAAGCUA